GAUGCUGAGCUAUUCUAAGUUCUCUGACCUGGAGACAUGGCUGUGCAUGCCCUCCACGCUGCUCCCCAGGGCCCUAGAGUCCACCCGCUCUACCUCCUCCUCAGGCUCCACCUCUACAGCACACCGCUCCACAUGCAGCGAGACUGGCGAGACAGACACACCACACAGACCUCUAGAGAGGGAGGCCAUGUUCCUGACCCCUGCACUGGGGCGGGAAAUCCCGUUCCUGGCCACACCCUUCGCCCCCAUCCUGUCCUCUACGCCGUGCAACAUGACCCCACAGGGCGGGGUCAGCGUCAGGAAGCGCAGGAGAUUGGCGGCCAGCCCCGGGGGACUACACUGGACCUCUACAGGCUCAGUGCAGCGGGACUUUGACAGAACAGAGCCAUCUCCCAUAUCAUCAGCCCAGGCCCCAACCCCAGCACCGGCCCCGGGUGUGAGAAGCCUCCCCCUGGGUGAGACAGCAACAGCAGCGGGUGAGGGAGAGACAGCGGGUGAGCGGGCAGCUCUGAGGAAGACUGUAUCCGUUGACGACCGUCUGAUGCAGCCGGCGCCCAGAGAGCAGCAGCACAGACUCCUCAGCAGGCUGGAAAGAGGCAAGAAGAAACUCAGGAACAUACAUGAAGGUAAGUUUGCUGUCAACCUAGAGGUUGAGGCCAGCUCAGAGAGUAAGUUAUCUCGCCUGGCUCAGAGGUUGAACCAGAGACCGGGGGAUGCUCUGAUAAAGGACUUCAGACAGUUGCUCUACACGGGCUCACCAAGCACCUCUCACAGCCUGGACAGGUACGACUACUAA